ACCGAUGAAGAACCCUGUGAAAAGUACAGACAGUUUUUGCACUCAUCACGACAGGAACGAACGGUGGUGAUAGGCAAACUAGUGGACAUUUCGGCCGAAAUCAUCGAUUCGAUAUGGCAUCCAAGAUUCCUACAAGAUAGCCAACGCCAGGCCAAAAUUAUGUCUACCCGCAACUUUAUUCACGAGAUCCUGAAACGCUCCAAAACCACCUACUCGACACUCCAAAUAAGUCUUUUCUACCUGUUUCGAGUAAAGAAAGUUGUCCAUGAACGUCUUCUCCCAGAGCCUCCGCGUAAAAAGCAGAAACGACAGGUAUCUGAACGGCUGGACGACAUCGUGUGCUGUGGCCGGCGCAUGUUUCUAGCGUCCCUCAUGGUCGCAUCAAAGUAUCUGCAUGACAAGAACUAUCGCAACCGCGCCUGGGCCAAGAUCUCUGGAUUGGACAUUGAUGAAAUCAAUGCGGCCGAGUUGGCUUUUUUGCGUUUGAUCGAUUACAAGUUGUAUGUCAGCAAGCCCACAUUCGACAAGUGGUAUACUUUGUUGCAUGGUUAUGUGCAGAAA